AUGGACCUCAUAGAUUCAGAGAAGGUCAUCAUUCAGAUGCUGCAGCAAUGCUAUAAGGUUUAUGACCCAGAAAGUAGCAUCAUAUAUAAGGAGAGGACACAGACGUUGCUGAGCCAAAUUCAAGAUUACAUCAUGGACAACGAAUACGUCUUGUCAGAAUGCAUGUACCCAGAGAUCGUGAACAUGUGUUCUUCACACAUGUUCAGGGCGUUGAAUCGACCCUCCAAUCCUCCUGCUGCAGCGUUUGCUUCAGAUGAUGAAAAACCCAAGCUGGAUCCUGCAUGGCCACACAUUGAGCUGAUCUAUGAUUUUUUCAAGACGUUUUUAGAAGCUCCAAGCUUUCAGGCGGAGAUUGCUAAGAAAUACAUUGGCAAGGAAUUUGUCACACAGCUCUUACAACAGUUUGCCAGUGAAGAUCCCAGAGAGAGGACGUGCCUCACGGUUGUGUUCUGUUCAGUCUAUCUUGCGUUCGAAGACCUCCAAGAGUACAUGUUUCAUGGGAUUUGUGACAUUUUCUUUCGUAUCACCAAACAAAUAACGCCUCCAUUGUGUGAAGAUGACAGGAUUUUCUUCUGCUGGGUUUUAGUGCCCCUGCACAAACCAAAAACACUCUGGCUCUACCAUCAACAGCUCGUUGAGUGUAUCGUCCAGUUUUUGGAGAAGGAUGCAACUCUAACUAAGCCGCUGGUGCUCUAUCUGUUGAAGCACUGGCCGAAGACGUGCACAUGUAAAGAGCUGCUGUUCAUCAAAGAGCUGGCAAAAAUUCUAGAGUGCAUCUGUGUCUCUGACUUCAAGUUGGUUCAGGAGCUUCUCUUCAAGCAGCUGGCCCGAUGCCUCUCCGGCUCAAAUCAUGUGGUGGCAAAGGCAGCGCUGCAGUUCUGCACAAAGGAGCAUAUCAUCAGUUUUAUCUGUGUCAAUGCAGAGGAGAUCCUGCCCAUUGUGCUGCCUGCCCUGUACCAGUGUUCAAACAGCCAGCUAUAUGAGUAA